GCCCUCCCUCCUUCCACCCGGCGCCUCCCGCGAUCGCCCCCUCCCGCCCGGCCGCGCUCCCCGCUGGCGCUCAGCACCCCGCGCUCCCCGCGCCCGCUCGCUCCUCCAGCUCCGUCUCCAGCUCCACCUCCGGUUCCCGCUCGGCCUCCCGCUCGCCCUCCGCGCCCGGCUCCCCGCGCGCCCGUCCCGAGUCCGCUGCUCGCCGGCGGCCGCCCGGUCAUGUCAGGAUGGAGAUCCGGCAGCACGAGUGGCUCUCGGCCUCCCCCCAUGAGGGCUUCGAGCAGAUGAGGCUCAAAAGCCGCCCCAAGGAACCCUCCCCAAGCCUGACCCGAGUGGGCGCGAACUUCUACAGCAGCGUCAAGCAGCAGGACUACAGCGCCAGCGUCUGGCUCCGGAGGAAAGACAAGCUGGAGCACUCCCAGCAGAAGUGCAUCGUGAUCUUUGCCCUGGUGUGCUGCUUUGCCAUUCUCGUUGCACUGAUCUUUUCAGCCGUGGACAUCAUGGGAGAGGAUGAGGAUGGACUCUCGGAAAAAAAUUGCCAAAAUAAAUGUCGAAUUGCCCUGGUGGAAAAUAUUCCUGAAGGCCUUAACUAUUCAGAAAAUGCACCAUUUCACUUAUCACUUUUCCAAGGCUGGAUGAAUUUACUCAACAUGGCCAAAAAGUCUGUUGACAUAGUGUCUUCCCAUUGGGAUCUCAACCACACUCAUCCAUCAGCAUGUCAGGGUCAACGUCUUUUUGAAAAGUUGCUCCAACUGACUUCACAAAAUAUUGAAAUCAAGCUAGUGAGUGAUGUAACAGCUGAUUCAAAGGUAUUAGAAGCCUUGAAAUUAAAGGGAGCCGAGGUGACGUACAUGAACAUGACCGCUUACAACAAGGGCCGGCUGCAGUCCUCCUUCUGGAUCGUGGACAAACAGCACGUGUAUAUCGGCAGUGCCGGUUUGGAAUGGCAAUCCCUGGGACAGAUGAAAGAACUCGGUGUCAUCUUCUACAACUGCAGCUGCCUGGUCCUAGACUUACAAAGGAUAUUUGCUCUAUAUAGUUCAUUAAAAUUCAAAAGCAGAGUGCCUCAAACCUGGUCCAAAAGACUCUAUGGAGUCUAUGACAAUGAAAAGAAAUUGCAACUUCAGUUGAAUGAAACCAAAUCUCAAGCAUUUGUAUCGAAUUCUCCAAAACUCUUUUGCCCUAAAAACAGAAGUUUUGACAUAGAUGCCAUCUACAGUGUGAUAGAUGACGCCAAGCAGUACGUGUACAUCGCUGUCAUGGACUACCUGCCUAUCUCCAGCACGAGCACCAAAAGGACUUACUGGCCAGACUUGGAUGCAAAAAUAAGAGAAGCAUUAGUUUUACGAAGCGUUAGAGUUCGACUCCUUAUAAGCUUCUGGAAGGAAACUGAUCCCCUUACGUUUAACUUUAUUUCAUCUCUUAAAGCGAUUUGCACCGAAAUAGCCAACUGCAGUUUGAAAGUCAAAUUUUUUGAUCUGGAAAGAGAGAAUGCUUGUGCUACAAAAGAACAAAAGAAUCACACCUUUCCUAGGUUAAAUCGCAACAAGUACAUGGUGACAGAUGGAGCAGCUUAUAUUGGAAAUUUUGAUUGGGUAGGGAAUGAUUUCACACAGAAUGCUGGAACGGGCCUUGUUAUCAACCAGGCAGAUGUGAGGAACAACAGAAGCAUCAUUAAGCAACUUAAAGAUGUGUUUGAAAGGGACUGGUAUUCACCGUAUGCCAAAACCUUACAGCCAACCAAACAGCCGAACUGCUCAAGCCUGUUCAAACUCAAACCGCCCUCCAACAAAACUGCCACAGACGAUGCAGGCGGAAAGGAUCCCUGGAACGUAUAACGUGAAUAAACAAACUGAUAGGACAGUUCCGUAUUUCAUAUUUAUACAUAAAGGACUUGAGGAGAGAAAAAAACACUUUAAUGUGUCUCUUUUUUUUUAGGGAAAAAGCACACUUAUAAAAAAUAUUCUCUGAACGACACAUAAUACCUAUCUAACAAUAUCUUAGCGUUGUGUACACUGAAAUUAAGACUUUUGUAUUUGUUACCUCUGACAGAGAAUGUCAUUCUGCCGUAGAAGUUAGGUUUUACAUUUGCAUACACAUUUGAAGACUUUCAUUCCUGCUUCUUUCUAGUUUGCGAACUUUUUCUGCUGACCUACCCGGUCAGUUGUUAGGAAGCUUAGCAUGAGAUGGGCUCUUUAACACCAUUCUGAGAACUGCUAAUUUAGAGAGGAAGGUGAGGAUUUUUGCCUUGGAGAAGAGACUGAUAAAACCAGUGUUUAUCCUUGUAAAUCGUCUCCAAGACCUACACAGUCAGCUAAGCGUGAAUAGCUUACAUCUCAUGCCAGCCUUCAACACCCUUGAAAAAUAUCCUUUUCUGUCUUGCUCAUUUUCUUCUUAUACCAUAGGUUUUAUUUGGUAUCAUUUUCUCUUCUCACAAAAUGUUCCUAUUAUUUUCUGUAUUCAACCUCAACAUGACUUCUAACUAUGAUAACAUCUUUUGAAAACCUACAAAUUUCUCAGAGUGGAUACUACGUGGAAAUAGUGGUCUUUCAUUUUUACCUUUCAACUGAAUCCUUUUUUCCCCUACCGAAUUGGUAUUUUAAAAAAACGACAGUCAGCAAUACAUGUCCUUUCUCUCAAGCUCAGAUAAAUUAUGAAAUUAGGUGGCCACCUGCUAAUAUCCAGCAAGCUAUCAAGUCUGCAUUUUGGGAAUAAAGUAGUUUUUCACAUUUUUGUUCAGUUUAUGGUAUUAUAAAGGAAAGAUCUCUAUGCUUCCGUGGAUUUUAAUUUCUUUAGAAUCAUUAUGCUGUUAAGAGUAUGCCAGCAAACAUUUAUAGAGCUAUUUAAUAUACCUUGUGCUAUUUAAUAUACCAAAUGCUUUUCAGAGAAAUGCAAUUUAAAUACUGUGCUUAACAUAUUUUACUAAGAAACAGAAAUAUUGAAUUAUUGUUCUAUAAUGUAAUUGUGUGUUGUUUUAUAUCUAUACAAUAUAUACCCCUGUAUUAAUGGAGACCAUUGCUACACUAGGCAGAGGCAUGGCCUCUUCAGAGCCCACAGCAGGUGGCCGGGAUGUCCAGUUCCAAUGUUGUUCCCGACUCUGUGACUCAAAGCAGAGCUCCUCACUGCUUGGCCUCGGGCUUCUCUUGGUAAUGUAGAUGGUAAUACUCACCUACCUCGCAAGGAUGUUGUCACGGUAGGAAAUAUUUAUAACUUGUUUUGAAAUCAAAAGAACCUAUAUAAAUGCUAAGCAUUACAAUAUAUAAUCUUUUUCUUGAAAUAAUCUUUGUCGUAUCUUGAUAGAAUCAACACCAGGUCCUCCCCAAGAAUCCACAAAGGAAAAUAAAUUCAUAGCUUGCAGUUGCAAAUGUGGAUGAAAAGAACACGGCACCACAGAAACCCUGGUAGAGCUCUGGAUUGUCAACAUUUCAAUGGAACAUUGUGUUGGGCUGCUUUGGCAGGAAUAACAUCAACACAAAAUUAGACAUCGUGCUAGAGCUUGUUCUUCAGGACUGUAAUACACAUGUAUUUUCAGAGCAAGGAAACACUCAAUUAUUCUUUUUCGUUUCUGGAGACUUGAUUUCUAAAUGCCAAAAAAGUGAUCAAGGAGCCUAUGAAUCUUACCCAAUGGAUUUACUUAAUAUAGAAGGGCUAUGAUAACUUCCCUUCUUGUUAUUUGCAAGUAUUGCUUCACUAGAUAUUUAACCAGUUGAUCAGGAGAGCUGGAAGGAAGCUGUAUUUUUAAGGGUAGCAUGUUUUUAUGACUAACUGGGAGAUUCUCACUGAAAUUCCUCAUCAAUAAUAGCCAGCCCAUAAGACUCUAAAUAUUUGCCAUAUACACAAUCCAUGUUUGAGUUGGGAGUUAUAACUCUGCCAGUUAUCCCAACAAAGUAAACGUGGCUUUGGUGAUGAUUUUAAAAAGAAAGCAGGCUGGGUGCAGUGGCUCACGCCUGUAAUCCCAGCGCUUUGGGAGGCCAAGGCAGGAGGAUUGCUUGAGGCCAGGAGUUUGAGACCAGUCUGGGUAGCAUAGUAAGACCCUGCCUCUAAAAAAAUAAUAAAGAAAUAAAGGAAAGAAGGAAUCAGAGUAGGAGUGGAGACAAACCUACCAAGUUCACACUCAGACAAACAAAAGCAACCUGGGUUGGUUUUAAAAAGGAUGUCUAAAGGGAGAAAAAAACAACCACAAGAACCAAAACUUGUUAGUUCUCAAGUUUUCCCCUGAAGUAUUCAUCCACAGCCAUGGGACACUCAUAGGCUUGGUGUCAUGGGGCCUCUUCACUGUCACUCUCUGCUGUAUGUGCUACGAGAAGAGAAUGUCAUCCUUUAUGGAAUGACCAGCACUGCCAUUUCCUUUUGAGGCCUGGCAAAAUGCCACCACCAGGAGCUGCAUCCCAGACUUUUCUGCCAAGCAGCAGCAGCAGAUGCCUACCAGACACAGCAAGCCCCUAAUCAGGGGAGUCUGGGCGGCGGUGGUGACUCCACGGGGCCACACUGUCCUUCUGUGGCAGCCAGGAAAGUGGCCCCCAUACCAAUAGUGUCCGAAAUGGGUUCAUGUCUCCCAAGAGAACAUUUCAUUCUGCAGAACUUCCUCUUUCAUUUGGAUGCUUUAUCUAUCCCUCUAGAGAUGGCUUUCCUUUCUUUUAGACUUUGUGUCUGUGCUAAACAAACUAUCAACCUCCAUUCCUCCCACCCCCCAAAUAUCCCAGGAAUUACUUUUCAGGAGGAAAAGAAUGCAAAACAAAAAACAUGUUAAUCUGACACCUUCUGGUGGAUGUCCACGUCCAUGCCAGAAAUUACAAGGAGCAGGGUGACUACUCCCCAUUAACAUUCCCAGAUUUAUUUCCCAAGAGGCAAAAAGGAAAACAAACCCAAUUAGAGACUAUACUUUGGAUUUCAGUACCACUAACACUAACUUAGUGCCUUAUUUAUUCUAAAGUGUUGAUUUUAAACAAUAAUUUAUUCUAUGAGAACACUUCUCUGUCUGGAAUUCAAGAUGACCUUCCGAUGGGCCUACCAGUUGAAAACUUCCAUUACAGCACUGACAGUUUUCAUGCUGCCUGUUCUCUUCCCAAGCCCCAUCACCGUAUCCCCCCAAAUCAAAUCAUUGCACACACCAUCAAAGAUCAAUACUGUGGGCCUCCACUGCAUUGCCACUGGCCACUAGCCUAUCAAAUAAUUGAGUCACUGCUUAUCCAACCAUUGGAGAGGAAGCGGAACAGUGAGAUGACAUCCAUGCUCUGUAAACAACAAGCUUUAGGUACCUGAACCUGAUAGAAACAAGGAAUGCCGAAAAUGUCCCCACUGACUUAAAAGAAUCCUGUCAAGAGAUGCUGCACAGACUUCCUAGGUCCCGCGGCAUAGAGAAUGAAAACUAGCGUCUUUAACAAGUCAAAGCAGACAAAGAAACCAAAGGUCUGCGGACACCCUUUGCAUCUGUGUAACUCUGGGCACCACUUUUCCCAUUCGGGCUGUCUCUGUGCUACUGCUUGUCUCAUGUCCGAUGCAGUCCUUAGUGAGAGGGGUCUGAUCACAUUUUUGGUUGAUCUCACCCUUCGGAAAAUGUGGGGUUUUUUUGAAAUGCAGUUAAUGGUUUGUUACAAGUGCCUCGAUGAACCUGGGAUUGAUAGAAGCUCAUUUGCCGCCAGCCUGUGGCUGUACUCAGUAACUCUGAUGCAUUGUUUGUUUUUAGGAACUUUUAUUGAACUAAAUUCCAGGGCGGGGUGAGGGGAAAGACCAUAAGAAUUUCUUGAUAAGAUCAGAUCCAGGGUCUAUCUGUCUCAGGAAUUCUAUCCUACAAUUCACUUUUUUUUUUUUUUCCCCUCCAUACGAAUGACCACUGGUGUGUGUUUCUGUGUCCAAAAUUCAUUUCAUUAUUUUUAACUUUAGGAAUGUAAAAUGCUGCCAUUACUUGCAUAGAACAGUCACUUCCUAUAAUGAAAGAUACUUUGUUAUUGUUUAUUCAAACUCAGUCCUUACAAACAGCCCCACAUAUCCUGGACAAAUGUUUCAUUCUUUUAUCUUUCUGUACUUAUUCCCAAUGAUCUGGUGUGCUUUAUUAUACACCUUUUAAAGGCGGAAUAUAACUUCCAUUUAUUUCCAAGGUAAAUAAAUUAGAUACAUUAACCUAUUUUCAACAUUUUCCAAUUUGAUUUGAAUUAGCAUCUUUCAUUUUCUUUUUCUAUGUUGUUAACAAAAUAGCUGCUUACCAUUUUCACCUUAUUGACUUAAAUCGAUGGAGGCUUUUAAAUAGCCCUGAAGUCAACCCCAGUUCACAGCCUAUCUUUCUCAUUUGAGAGAACUCCCAUCUUUGGCUGAAUUAUGAAAAUGCUGCUUUUUACAGUGACUCAGUGGGUAUUCCUCAGAAGUUUCUCAAAGACGUAAAAAUGAAAUUUUCUUAUUUUUGACCCAUUAGCAGUCUUGUACUUACAGAGUUCUAAAACUUCACUGGUCAUUUACGCUUCCUUUGGCAAUUUGAAAAAAAGAAGCUAUAUUUAAUAGACUAUUCCACAUUUUCUUUUGCUAUGUUCAACUACUAAACUUCUAAUUCUGUUACAAAAGGUAUCUUGAAUUUUUUAAUGUUCGUUUAUGUACAUAGGAUAAACUUGUACCUGGAUAUAACUAUAUUAUUAACCUUAAGAUCCCUAAAUAAAUUGGUUCGAUAAAGGGUUGAAUUUGGGGGAAUCAUUAAAAUUCUCAAACCUUUCGUAUAACCAGAUGCUCAGUUUUUUCAGAAGUAAAUAUUAGAUGGCUUUUUCAUACUGUGAGAUGAGGCAUUUCUUUUUCUCCUCAAGCUAAUCUCAGAAACAAAUCAGUCUCUCAUCAGUAACCAAACUGUACUGUGGUGAAUUCUGAAGAAGGUAGAUGCGACUGGUCCAAUGGGCUGACUGUUUUGUAUAUUCACACAAGGAGGCAUCUUUGAAAUACUAUGCCUA